ACUUUUCUUGGAGAAUGAAUUAGAUGUCAAAAGGAUGGUCAUUGUAUUCCUGCUAACCUUACCUCUCUUUCCAGGCCUCUACUAUGUGGACAGUGAAGGAAACCGGAUCUCGGGGGCCACCUUCUCUGUAGGUUCUGGCUCUGUGUAUGCCUAUGGGGUCAUGGAUCGGGGUUACUCCUACGACCUAGAGGUGGAACAGGCCUAUGAUCUGGCCCGCCGAGCCAUCUACCAAGCCACCUAUAGAGAUGCGUACUCGGGAGGCGCAGUCAACCUCUACCACGUGCGGGAGGAUGGCUGGAUCCGAGUCUCCAGUGACAACGUGGCUGAUCUACAUGACGAAUACAGUGGCUCUGCCCCCUGACGGAGGGCGGGCGUGGCUGCCUGCGUGUCCUGGGGGGACUGCUGCUGGUAAUGUGGGUGCGCUCCCAUCCUCUAGUGGAGGGGUCCUCAGUUGUGUUGAGAACUUGUAAGCUCUGGUGCCCUUGACCUCUGUGUGUCACUAGUUGUUAAUGACCUGCUGCAGAGGUGAUUGUUUUACUCUCUUGGAUGUUAACAUGACACUACUCCACUCA